AUGAGCUCGUACAUCGAACUGUUGGGAUUGUUUGUGCUGCUCAUGCUGCCCUUCUUGUACGAGACGAAUCACAUAUUCCGCUACUACUUCAAAUUCCUCAUCUAUUAUGGGAUCGUAUCGUUUAAUUCGAUCAUAUUAAUACCGGCUUUCCUCACACGGCCCUGUGAUGUGCGCAAUUUACUAUGGGCGAGCACUUGGUGUCAUCGAGUGACAGCGCUGAUCGGACUGCGCUGGGAGCUGCGGGGCAAGGAGCACCUCGAGAAGGAUCAGGCCUGCAUAAUCGUGGCCAAUCACCAGAGUUCGCUGGAUGUGCUGGGCAUGUUCAACAUCUGGCAUGUGAUGAACAAGUGCACGGUGGUGGCAAAGCGUGAACUCUUCUAUGCCUGGCCCUUUGGUCUGGCCGCCUGGCUGGCGGGCUUGAUAUUCAUUGAUCGAGUGCGCGGCGAGAAGGCGCGCGAUACGUUGAAUGCGGUGAAUCGUCGGAUCAAGAAGCAGCGCAUCAAGCUGUGGGUAUUCCCGGAGGGGACACGACGCAACACCGGCGAACUGCAUCCGUUCAAGAAGGGGGCCUUUCACAUGGCCAUCGAUCAGCAGAUACCGAUACUGCCGGUCGUCUUCAGCUCAUACUGUUCAUUCCUCAACGACAAGAAGAAGAUCUUGAAUGCGGGACGCAUUGUGAUCACAACGCUGCCGCCGGUUAGCACUGAGGGUCUGACCAAGGACGACAUCGACACAUUGAUGGAACGUGUCCGCGCUCAGAUGAGCGAAACGUUCAAGCUCACCUCCGCGGAGAUGCUGCAACGCUAUAAGCCACACAAGACGCCACCGAUAUCGUCGCCGCCGAUGGUUGUCAAUGGAGCCGAAGCGGCUGUGGCCGCUGCCGUUGCGAAUAGUUCGGGAUACGCGCAGCUGCAUGCGGCUGCCUCGUAUGAGAGCUACAAAAGCGCCAGCGCCAGUGCCAGCAAGGCGACAAUGCUGAAGACGCUGUAGAUGCAGAUAUAGACAGCUGCGCUGCUGACUAAAUGACAAAUGCACCUUAACCUUAUGACAUGUGGUGCACGUAUUUUGGCGCGACUGUCCAAAAAACUCUCGAGACUUUAUUCGUAGGCAAAACUGCAAUGCAAACACACACACUCACACACAUACCAAAAACAACAAACAACAACAACUAAAAUGUAGACAAAAGUUUAAGGCACACACUAUGCAACAACACAACAUUUCGAUUUCAUUCCCACUGACAAAAUUAUUAUGUUUAUUAUAUGCUAAUGAUUGAGUUAAGGGUCGGCUUAUAUGUAAAAACGUUGUUUAUGUUUGUGAUGAUUCCCAAGUCAAUGGUUUCCUCAACAAUUUUCAUUUUAAAUGCCAUUUGCUGGCAGAACUAUAGUAAAAUGUUUUAAUUUAUGAGCUUAGGAGACAGAUUGGCGGAGCAGAACAAUUUAGAAAGCUACAGAUAGAUACCCGCUACCCAAAUUCAAUAAAAAUGAAACAAAAUAGUUCGGUAUUAUACCGCAAAAAUACUUAAGUAUACCGUUAAUUUGGUAUAUCAAUAUACUACUACAUUCAAAAUAUACCAUAAAGUAAACCGAAAUGUAUAUUUGGUAUAUCGAUAUACUACUACAUUCAAAAUAUAUAAAGUAUACCGAAAUGUGUAUUUGGUAUACCGUUAUACUACUACAUUCAAAAUAUACCACAAAGUAUACCGAAAUGUGUAUUUGGUAUAUCGAUAUACUACUACAUUCAAAAUAUAUCAUAAAGUAUACCGAAAUGUGUAUUUGAUAUAUCGAUAUACUACUACAUUCAAAAUAUAAGAUACAAGUAUACCGAAAUGUGUAUUUGAUAUAUCGAAAUACUACUACAUUCAAAAUAUACCAUAGAGUACAAAAAAUAUACCAAAUUGUCAAAGCAGCCCAUAUCAAAUUAUUUCUUGGAUAACUUCCAAGAUUUUUGUCUCAUCUCCAUGUUGGGUAGCGGCUAAAAA